AUGCGGGUAGACUGGCGGAACAAGAGAAGUUCUUUGCCUCACGACUUCAGUUUUACUGGUAUGAGAAGUGGGAUGAAGCUGAUGAAACAGUUCCGACAGAGUGAUCGAGUUAAAAGAAAGUACAAAGACUUAAAACAGCAAUGGGAAGACAAGAUAACUGUCUUUGAAACUGUGGAGAAAGCAACAGAGGAGAUGAAGGAGCGCCACACCGAGCAGGAGGGGAGGUGGAGGAGGAGUAUUGAGGAGGAGAAGGAGAAGAUAACAAGGUUAGAGGAGGAGAUCAAAGUGUUGGAGGAUAAACAUGAGCUGGAACUGAAGCGACAGGAGGAAGACGCAGAGAAGAACGCGCAGAGCUCAGUUCUAAGAGAGAAGAGUUACAAAGAAGAAGUAGCGACAUUGGAGCAGGAGAUGAGACUUAUAAUUCAUCAGUCACAGCAAAUGAAGAAGGAAAAUGACGCUAAAUUAUCUAAACUUGCCGGUGCUUUGGAUGAAUUCACAACUUUUCUACAGCCAAAAUAAUCAACUGUCUGAGCAAGAAUAGACCAUUAUGGUUUUAAAACCUUAGAGAUCACAAUCAGAAGAGAAGUUUUCGUUGGAUUGAUACAA